UUUUUUUCUUAUUAUCAUCAUUUUAAUAACUUUAUAAGAGAAAAAAAAAAGUUACCUUAAAAGACGAAAAAAAAAAGAAAGAAAGAAAGAAAAAAAAAUAUUCAAGGUGAUGAAAUUUGCCAAACAUUUGGAAUCAGAAAGUAUACCUGAAUGGAGAAAAGCAUAUAUCAAUUAUAAAGGCUUGAAGAAAAGAUUAAAGUUUGUAGACAAGUUUAGAAAAUCCAAUGAACACAAAGCUGCUUUAGAGUUGGCAAAGAUGUUUCACGACAGUGAUGGUCACGAUACAUCACAUAUCAAUCACAUGUACCAAAAUAAUACCAAUGAUAUAGACAGCAAUCAAGAUGAUGAUGAUGAUGAUGAUCAUUCAUGGUAUCAACGUACUACUUGGAAUAUGUAUCGACCUUCUUCACUUCCUCUUUUACAACAAUGGACUAAUACAAGAAAACAAUUGACUCAAGAUCGACCUGGUUCAUUUCAGAGUACUGCGACUUUAUCAGUAUGGGAUGAAGUUUUACUUCAUGCAAAUGAAUCAGAACGGGUAUUUUUUAAUAUGUUAAAUCAAGAACUAGACAAAGUGUCCCUUUUUUUUAAUGACAAGGAAAAUGAAUCAAGGGCAAAAUUUGAAUCCGUGAAAAUGCAAAUCAAACUUAUAGCCGAUUAUGGUCGUUACCUAUUGGAAAUAGGGGUAAAAUGUAUAUCUAUCCUAUCAUAUUGGGUAUUCAUCUUUUUUUUUCCUACUAUUUAUUUAGUCUACCAUGACACCGUAUACAUCGCUAUUUCAAUCGCGUCAUUAUCGAUUAUCCAAUGUACCAUCUUUUGUUGGUCGUGCAACAGAUCCUCAUAUUAGUUAUAGUGUAAUUCAAUAGAUGUGAAAAAUGUAACUUAUUUUCUCAUCCAUUUUUUUAUUUUUA